CUGGACAUCCUAGAUCUACCACGUCGACCGCCAGAGGUCUCCCACCCUUGCCACGGGCGAUGCGAGAGGCUUCUCGUCUCGACCGGCAGUCUCUUUUCCCUUGUGCUCUCGCGCGUAUGUGUGUGAAUCGAGUCUCACGUUAAUACAAUCACGCCGACGUAUGCCGGCGUCGACUUACUUAACAUGGCGCAGUUGGACUAAUCUACGAUCCCUCAGUGUGUUCAACGAGUUUCAUACUCGUCACCUGACAUAAUUCUUUUCGUGUGCGGUGGAGAAACGUUGCAGCGAGUUGGUGUCCAUGCCCCACGCGGCGGCCAUCUUGGCAUCUCGUGUCUGUGCACCUCCACCGGCUCUGCCCGUACGGGCUGUGGUAACUAUUUAUCCUACAGUGUAUAUUCUACGUUAGGCCUGUAUUUCAUCACGUGUGUAUGGCAGCGGGCCAUUUCGAUAUACAUUUUACUUUUCCUGGGGCGGUGACUUUCGCUUCUACGUACUCUACAGUUUAUUGAGGCGGUGCGGCCGCCAUUUUCGUUUUCUGGCCGUCCCCGUGUGUGUGUGGCCAAGUUUUUAUUGCGCAGCGAGUGUCGGUAUCACGUGAUACGAUCUAAACCAAGUGCCACGUCGAUCGAGCGACAUCGAUCUAUGGUGACAAUCCGUAGGCUGCAAGCAGGCUUAUGUCCACAUCCGGACACAACUAUAAUCUAAGGUCUUCAUCCCGUGUACAUCUGCCAACUUCAGACCUGCCCGGGUCGUCACGGCCAAGUACAGCCGGCACAAUGGCGACGGUGGACGACGCAUUGGACGCGGCAACAGCCGCCGCAGCAGCAGCGUCGGCGGCAGCCGGUCGGAUCGCCUCGGUCGAACAGAAUCAGCAGGCGAUGACGCAACAAUUGACUGCCAUUAAUCAACAAUUACAGCUGCUGCUACAGGGCGGCGGUGGCGCUGGUGGCAGUGGUGGAGGUUCGGCUAGCGGUGGCGCUGGAGGCAGUAGCGGAGGGUUGCCCGGUGCUGGUGGCGGAGGCGCAGGUGGCGGUGGCGCUGGUGGCGGCGGCGUAGGCGGCGGUGGCGCUGGCGGCGGCGGCGUAGGAGGAGCGCAACAACGACGUAGAAUCGACCCAUCUUGUUUAGACAAGCUUCACGGCGACGCGUCGCUCUCCCAACUACGUACGUGGAGGAAUCGUUGGAACGAUUUCUGCCAAUUGAGUCAGCUGUCGACGUACCCUUCCAACGAACAGAUGGCCGCCUUCCGGAUGGUCCUCGACCCAGCCAUGCAGCAGAUUGUGGAGGUGGCGCUCGGAAUUCCUUCAGCGACACCAUUAUCACCGACCGACGUUUUGGACCAAAUCAACACGUACAUCCGAUCAAAGCGAAAUAUCGCACUUGAUCGCGUCGCUUUCGAGGACUGUCGUCAGAGCACCUCAGAAACUUUCGACGAUUUCUAUAUUCGUUUGCGUGGAUUGGCAGAAGCAGCCGACUUAUGUGUCACCUGUUCCGACACUCGGCUGACGACCCGCAUCAUGGCGGGUAUACGCGAUUCCGAGACCAGACGGAAGUUGCUCGCGCUGAGCCCGUUCCCGACGCUGCAACACACCGUCAACAUAUGUCGAAGCGAGGAGGCAGCCAAGGCCAACGAGAAGUCAUUGAGCAACGCGCCGGUCAUCUCUCACAUGCAAACUAGGCACCAAGGGUCAGCACGGCAGACCGACACCAGCAGGUGCGGGUCGUGCGGACGCCUGUCACACCGGGCGGGUGAGACAUGUCCAGCAAUGGGCAAACAGUGCCAUCUGUGCGGCGCCAACAACCAUUUUUCUCCAUGCUGCCCAAAUUCCAAAAAACCGAAAUCGGAGCCGGCGGACAGCGGUGGCGCUGGUGGCAGUGGUGGAGGUUCGGCUAGCGGUGGCGCUGGAGGCAGUAGCGGUCGGUACCACGACGGAAGCCGUUCACGAGCGCAUAUGAAGCGUAUAGUGGUGGGCAAUGUGCAAGCCAGCAGGCGACGACGCCCGGCGCCCACCAUUUCCAUACAGCUGGGCCAUUCAACCGGACAGGCAGCCACCACUAUUGAGAAGGUGACUCCGGACGGCGGGGCAGAGGCGACUGUUGGCGGAAUGGACGUGUUGCACGCGCUAGGAUUCUCUGAAGCAGACUUGUCGUCAUCCACUUUCGACCUCGUCAUGGCGGACAAAUCCACCCCGUUGCUAGUAAUAGGGGAAAAGGAGUUUACGGCCACGUACGAAGGGACGGCAGCAAGCAUCACUAUCACGUUCAGCCCCGAUAUCUCGGGACUUUUAUUGUCGUGGUACGACUGCAUCAGCCUGGGAAUUCUCCACGACGGAUACCCAAGGCCAUGGAAGAAUUCACGUCACGGUAUGCAGAUUAAUUCCCUUCAGACAGCAAACCGCCGCAAGGCACCGUACGUUUAUGACGGAAUUGUUCCUCUAGAUCCGUCACCAGACGACAUUCAGCGUAUUGGGAACGAUAUUGCCAGACAGUUCGACGACGUCUUCGACCAAACAGGUUCACUCAACUGCAUGGAAGGACCGGAGAUGAUUAUCGAGCUGACGGACGACGCCACCCCUUUCUACGUCAACGGAUCCAGGCCCCUUCCUUUCGCCGACCGCCCGGCUGUAAAGAAAUUGCUGGACGACUACGUCGAAAAGAAAAUCAUAUGCCCUGUGACCGAACCAUCGGACUGGGCGGCCCCACUUGUCGUAACACGCAAGUCUGACGGCUCCUUACGCAUAUGCGUCGAUCAUACGCGUCUCAACCGAUUCGUGCGACGGCCAACUCAUCCCACUCGAGCACCGCGGGACGCGGUGGCGGAAAUCACGGGUGACGCAAAAUUCUUCUCGACGUUUGAUGCGGCCAACGGAUAUUACCAGAUCCCCCUAUCCCCCUCGUCGCAGCACCUCACCGUUUUCAUGACACCAUGGGGCAGGUUUAAAUAUUUGCGAGCUCCGAUGGGGUUGUGCAGUUCCAGCGAUGAAUACAACCGGCGCGCCGACCUAGCCUUCGAGAACGUCAGCAACACCGUCCGGGUAGUGGACGACCUGCUCCGCUUUGACAAUUCCUUCCCGGAACACGUAGCGGGAGUAUGCACGGUCCAGUGGGUCGGUUUUCAAAUCCAACCGGGAGGCGUAUCCGUCGAUCCAGAAAAGUUACGGGCCAUCUCGGAUUUUCCGAAACCAACCAACAUCACGGAGCUGCGCUCCUUCAUGGGGCUCGUCGAGCAACUAGCCGGAUUUUCUACAGAGGUGGCAGCCGCAAAAACACCGCUGCGCCCCCUUCUGAGCUCCAGGACACCAUUUUUAUGGACAGCCGACCACGACCACGCCUUCGACGCGGUCAAGGCUGCUCUCGUGGCGCCACCUAUCCUAGCGCCAUUUGAUCCGGAGCUGGAGACGUCGCUGCAGGUCGACGCUUCUCGGAAGAACGGCAUGGGCUAUGCGCUGCUUCAGCGUCACGAAGACAUCUGGAAACUCGUCGACGCCAACUCUCGGUGGUGCACCGACACAGAAUCGCGUUAUGCCAUUGUGGAGCUGGAACUGGCAGCCGUCGAAUGGGCGAUGCGUAAGUGCCGCCUCUAUCUCCUUGGAUUACCAUCGUUUCAGCUGGUCGUGGACCAUCAGGCGUUGGUCACUAUCCUGGACAAAUACACCCUGGACGCGGUAGAAAAUCCCAAACUCCAGCGUUUAAAGGAGCGGUUGUCCCCAUUUGUUUUUUCGACCAUAUGGCGGAAAGGACGGAGCCACUCCAUUCCGGACGCCCUUUCCAGGGCUCCUGUGAACGACCCGAGCCCCGACGACGAGAUUGCCAACGACGACGUCCAGUCUUUUGCCAGACGGGUGGUAAUCCGCCAGGUCAGCAGUAUUCAACAGGCCACCGACGAGAUGGAGGAGGACGGCAUCGACGUGGAGUCUCACCUGUCCGACCCCAUGCUGGACGAAUUGAGAGCUGUAGCUGAAUCGGAUCCCGAUUACGUCGAGCUCAUGGCGGCGAUUUCAACGGGAUUCCGGACACCACGCAAUCAAACAGCCCUGGGCGUUCGCCAAUAUUGGUCUGUCCGCGAAGAGCUAUCGGUAGACGACGGCCUCGUCCUCUUCGGCCGCCGCAUCGUCAUUCCACGUCCGGCCCGCCGGGAGUUAAUCAAAAAGCUCCACGCGGCCCAUCAGGGCAUCGUACGAAUGAAGCGCCGGGCGCGUCAAACCGUUUUUUGGCCGGGCAUGUCGAACGACAUAACCUUGUGGGUGGAAAGCUGCCAGGCAUGUCAAGAGCGACUCCCACAUCAACAGAAGGAGCCUCUAAUGCGCGACCCCCUGCCAACACGGGUAUUCGAAGAUGUUUCAGCUGACCUUUUUCAGGUGGGCUCGUUACACGUCCUCGUCUACGCGGACCGCCUUUCCGGAUGGCCCAUCGUUCACCAAUGGCGCCACGACCCGUCUGCGCGUGAAGUUACACAGGCCGUCAUUGAAAAUUUCGUCGACCUGGGCGUUCCUGUGCGGCUGCGGUCCGACAACGGCCCACAGUUCGAAGCCCACAGCUUCCAGACCAAAUUAAGCCAAUGGGGCGUAGCGUGGGGCAGCUCUACGCCACACUACCCCCAAAGCAACGGCCACGCGGAAGCAGCAGUUGCAGCGAUGAAGGACCUAGUGACAAAAAUUUCAUCCCACGGCGAUAUCACAUCGGACGAGUUCGCCCGCGGAAUGUUGGAAUUCCGAAACACCCCGAGAGAAAACGGCAAGUCACCGGCGGAAAUGGUUUUUGGACAUCCGUUACGGUCCAUUAUUCCAGCGCAUCGGACGGCAUACGCCCCUCAUUGGCGGUCAGCCAUGGAAGGCCGUGACCGGCAAACAGCGAUCGACGCGGAGGUAAAGUUCCGCUACGACGAGCACGCUCGCCCACUCGCCCCGCUAUCAUUGGGCACCCACGUUCGGGUGCGAGAGCCAAAGACAAAGCUCUGGGACAAGGUCGGCGUCGUGGUCAGCAUUGGUCGUUAUCGAUCCUACCGGAUAAAAUUCGCGAGUGGGAGCGUGUUGUGGCGUAACCGAAGAUUCCUCCGCCCGAUGGUAGCUGUUCCGGAGACAAACGAGCAGCCAGCAUUUCACGAAGGCGAUGGCGCGGGUAACAGCACGGACGUCCAGCACGCGGCAGCCGGGCAGACGGACGGCGAACAACAGGACAACUUCCCGGGCGCGUCUCUUCCCCUGGGCGCCGCCAGCAGUUCGGUCGAUACAUCAGCAGACGCUGGACGGCAGCCCGUACGUCGGAGCGAACGUGUACGAAAGAAGAGAGUGAUAUUUGAUGUGUAAUGUACUGGCUGAAUUUCCAUUCAUGUGAUGUGUAACGUACUGGCUGAAAUUUCAUUCAUUUAGUUUUUUUGGAAGGGGGGAGCAUCAUAUUCUUGUGUUCAGCUGUUUAUCUGCGCUUGUGCGCUAUAACAGCUCGAGGAGGGUUGUUGUGUACUGGACAUCCUAGAUCUACCACGUCGACCGCCAGAGGUCUCCCACCCUUGCCACGGGCGAUGCGAGAGGCUUCUCGUCUCGACCGGCAGUCUCUUUUCCCUUGUGCUCUCGCGCGUAUGUGUGUGAAUCGAGUCUCACGUUAAUACAAUCACGCCGACGUAUGCCGGCGUCGACU